UAAUUUAAUGCUGGUGUAUGUAAAGUUCUGAAUUACAACAAACACAGAAGCCAGUGUCAAUGGACCUUCAUCGAACGAGAAUCCUCAACCACAUGGAUUGUAACACUGAUGGUCGACAUUCUAAGGAUGGGAAAGUUAAAUCUUUCAAUGAAGAGCGGCUGGACAGUGGCCUCGACUCUCUCAAAGAUGAGGAAUAUAAAGUUGUCGCCUGUGAGCUCGAGCGUCUUCGUGUGGAUUGUCCCCCACCGCAGAGAGACGAAUGCGGCAAUGAACCGUGGAAGGAACAAGUUUCAGAGGAUGGAGACACGCUUCUCCACCUUGCCAUUAUCCAUGAAGCCAAGGACUGUGCAAGGAAGAUGAUAGAGCUGUCAUGCAAUGAGCCUUUCCUCAAUCAACAUAACUACCAGAGACAGACUCCUCUCCACCUGGCAGUGAUCACAGAGCAGGCUGAGAUAGUGGAGCGUCUCCUGAAGGCUGGCUGUGACCCCACGCUAGUGGACGACAGUGGCAACACAGCCCUUCACAUCGCCUGCAGGAAGGGCUCUCUCACCUGCUUCAGUGUCCUCACCCAGACCCAGGGCUGCUCUACCCAGCUCCCAGCCAUCAUGGCCACGCCAAACUACAGUGGUCAGAACUGUUUGCAUCUGGUCUCUAUCCAUGGCUUCCUCUCGCUAGUGGAGAGCCUUGUUGAUCUCGGCGCUGACAUCGAUGCACAGGAGCAGUGCAAUGGCCGCAGCCCUCUCCACCUGGCUGUUGACCUACAGAACCUGGACUUGGUGCUGCUCCUGGUCAGUAAAGGGGCGAAUGUCAACAGCCUGACCUAUGGCGGUCACACGCCGUACCACUUGACCUACGGACGCCAGAACGCCUCCAUCGAAAGGGAACUGUAUGAGCUGACGGCUCAGGAGCUGAGAGAACUGCCAGACAGUGAGUCUGAGGACAGUGAGGAAGAGGAGGGACAGUCUGAUGAUGAAGUGGUGACAUGUUGGUAUGAUGACGUUCAAUGGAAUGGGUGCCAUUAGAAAAUAGACCACAGAACCUCCAAAGAACAGUAGUACAGGCAGAGACAGAAGCUCAUCUGUGCACAGGCUUUAGCUUUGGUACAGUCGCAUGCCGAAGUGGUGCCAACCUGAGGUAGAGGAUGGCAGAAGACUGGUACAGCAGGGGUACAACAGACUGACAAAGUGAUGAUGGACAGUGUGAACCACUGAGAAGAUGCCAAAUAAACAAAAUGGAUGCCAAUAAAUAAGUCUUUAUGGCUCUGAAAGAGACUCAUUAUCACAGCAUACAUCCAACCAACGAUGUAAUAACACCUACAUGUAUUAUAUUGUAAAUGGAUGUGAAUACAAAGAUUUAUAUUUUUAAAUACGUAAAGUUUGACUAUUGUAAAUGCUUUCCAUUGUUUGUGGAAAGGUAAAGCAAGCCACACACUCCAGUAAAUUAAAACAAUACAUAUUUAACAUUG